GCAUUAGUUAGUGCACGGCAGCUGCGGAGAUGCAAACCACGAUUACAACGCGACGACUUGGCCUUCUCGGUCUGCUGGUGGUGCUGGGCUGCAUAGUCGCCCAGGGCAAACCACAUGGCUGGAGCAGUGGCGGCGGUGGUGGAGGCUGGUCCUCUGGAGGAUCAGGUGGCAGUAAGGUCAUUAUCAGUGCUUGGCCUUCCAGCGGCGGAGGAGGUUGGUCCUCAGGUGGCGGAUCUGGAGGAUGGAAGAGCGGUGGUGACGGCGGAGGCGGCUGGUCAUCUGGUGGAUCAGGAGGUGGCUGGAAGAGCGGCGGCGGCUCAAGUGGCUGGAAGAGCGGCGGCGGCUCAGGUGGCUGGUCCUCCGGUGGAUCCUCCGGCUGGCCAAGUUCCGGCAGCUCUGGCUGGAAGUCAGGAGGCAGCUCGGGAUUAUCCAGUGCACUGUCCAGUCUCUCCAGUUGGAAAUCCCAAGCUUUGGGAAGCUUAAGCAGCGGUUGGAAAAGCGGCGGCGGUGGAGGUGGCUGGUCAUCUGGUGGUUCCUCAGGCGGCGGCUGGAAGAGCGGCGGUGGAUCUGGUGGUUGGUCCUCCGGAGGGUCCUCCGCUUGGCCCAGCAAGAUUAGCAGCGGUUGGUCCUCUGGUGGAGGUGGCGGUGGUUGGUCCCCCGGAGGAGGCGGAGGCAGCGGCUGGAGCUGGUAAUCAGAUCCUGGAAAGAAAACGGCAUCCAUCCGAGAAAAAUCGGCGACGAGGCGACACCACUAUCCACUGCUCAACCUGUACAUAAUAAUUCUGCCCUUAAAUUAACCAUUUUUUUUUUUUGUGUAUCUAACUAUGUGAAUAAAUCUUACAAGAAAG